AUGAAGUCCAUCUCGUUCGUCCUCACCCUGCUCCUCAGCAGCGCUCUGGCUGCUCCUUUCGAAUCUACCUACUCUAGCCUAUCCGCACGCGAGGAAGCCGGCCUGUUCGACGACUUGAAGGGCGGUAGCCUCGGCCCACGGGCUAGCGAUGACACCCUCGUUGCACGAGCUACGGCUGACUUGGACAAGUUCCUUGCAUCACUCGGCGGCCAGGAAAAGCGCGACGGUGAGGCGCCUUCCAAGCGUGAGGAAGCCCUCCUCGGUGGGCUCCUAGAUGGUCUUCUCGGCCUGACCGGCGGCUCCGGAGGCGUUGGAGGAGCUGUAAAGGGCGCGACUGACACCGUGGGCGGCGUGACUGGUGGCCUUACUAAGGGUCUCACUGGCAAGCUAGAUGGUGUCACCGGUAGCGCUGGAGGCCUUACCAAGGACCUUACCGACAAGUUGGGUGGUCUGACUGGUGGGCUCACGGGCAACAAGAAGGGAGCAUAUAAGCAGAAGCGCGAGGAAGCCCUCCUCGGCGAGCUCCUCAGUGCGCUUGGCGGCCUUACCGGCAGCCUGACCGGCGGCUCUGGACCCGUUGGGGGACUCGGCAAGGAGCUUACUGGAAAGCUUGGUGAUGUUACCGGCAGCGCUGAAGGCCUUACCAAGGAGCUCACCGGGAAGCUGGGCGACGUAACUGGUGGGCUUACGGACGGAAAAUCUGGUGAAGACGGUGCCGACAAGAAGGGAUCCGACAAGAAGAAGCGUGAGGAAGCCCUCCUCGGUGGACUCCUAGAUGGUCUUCUCGGCCUGACCGGCGGCUCCGGAGGCGUUGGAGGACUUACCAAGGGGCUCACUGAUACUGUGAGCGGCGCGACUGGUGGCCUUACCAAGGAGCUUACUGAAAAGCUUGGUGGUUUGACCGGUGGUGCCAGUGGCUCUGCAGCCGUUGGAGAUCUUCCCAAAGACCUUACCGAAAAGCUGGGUGCCCUGGCUGGCGGAAAGUCUGGUGAAGACGGAGACGACAAGAAGAAGGAAUCCGACAAGCGGAAGCGCGAGGAGGCCAUCGCGGGACUACCCAUCUCUCUCGAAGAUCUCCUCGGUCUCCUAGGGCUUGGCAAGCGUGGCGAAGAGAGUCUCUCCAAGCGCGAGGAGGCUCUUGCUGGGCUACCAGUCGGGGACCUUCUCGCUCUUCUGAAGGGGCUCGGGCUUGGCAAGAGAGAUAACCAGGAGCUUUCUAAGCGCGAGGAAGCCAUUGCUGGACUUCCCAUCUCUCUUGAAGACCUCCUUGGUCUGCUGGGUGGACUUGGCAAGCGCGAGGAGGCUAUCGCAGGACUACCCAUCUCUCUCGAAGAUCUCCUCGGUCUCCUAGGACUUGGCAAGCGUGGCGAAGAGAGUCUCUCCAAGCGCGAGGAGGCUACCCUGCCCAUCUCCCUUGAAGACCUCCUUGGUCUUCUGGGCGGACUUGGCAAGCGUGAGGAGGCUAUCGCUGGAUUGCCCAUCUCUGUCAAGGAUCUUCUUAGUCUUCUAGGCGGACUCAGCAAGAGUGGUAAGAAGACCCUCCCCAAGCGCGAGGAGGCCAUUGCCGGACUGUCUGUUGAGGAACUGCUCGCCGGUCUGCUGGGUGGUCUUGGCAAGCGAGAUGGACAGGAGCUAUCUGAGCGCGAGGUGGCUGGCAUUGGCAGAAUUCUUAGCCUCAACCUCCUGCCGCUCACCAAGGGGUCAGGAAAGCGAGAGGAGCCAAAGGCUGAGGAGCUUGUGGACCCUAUUAUCGCCGACGGAGCAUCUGUUGAGCGGCGAGACCCCAUCGUUCUCACUCCUGAGAUCAUCAAGGCCCUCAUUCAGCAGAAGCUUGAGGGUGCCAAGAAGGGCAAGACCGACAACAAGGGCAAGGACAGCGGCAAUGACAAGCGCGAGGUGGCAAACAACCACGAAGCCGCUGCCAAUGUUCCUACCGAUGAGCUCAAAGAAAUUCUUGCGGCCGUCCUGGGUGGUGCUAUCAAGCUCCCUGCCAUUGACUCGAUCAAGAAGGGUGUGGAGGACAAGGCAGGUGAUGCGAAGGAUGUGGCUCAGGAUGCCUCGGGAAAGACUAAGGAGGCUGUUGCUGCCGUUGACCCUGUCUCUGCUUAG